GAAGUUAGAAUGCUCGCAAUAGUAAUAGUGCUGAUUUGACAGUUCGCAACCAGUACAAUUCAAUACAGCUUUUUAUCUUGAAAAUGUAUGUGAGCACAGAGCAUACACUGCUACAGCUCAUUCAAUAUAUUGCAUUUAGACUAACCGGUCGAAUCUAAACAAUUGACAGAAUAUAAAGCUUGCACAGUGCACAGUGCACACAUGUGUAUAAGUGUAUAUAUUGCGUUUCUUCAAAUCAGAUUUCAUCACCAUUUUUCACUUUAGUGUUUUCGCUUCGAACACAGUAUAUAUUUCCGUCUAGUAAGCCAUGUAUAACAGUGACAAGUAGGACAUUUUUCUACAAGAGUGAAAAAAAACACAAAGAAAAAGAUAAACAUGGACAAUGAAAAAAAAAGAAGACCGUAUCGACCGAAUGGUCAAAAUUGGCAAAAAAAUAAUCGGAAUGGAGACAACAAUAAGAAAAAAAAUAAUGGUAAUGGGCCUGCAGCUGGUUCAAGUGGUGCUGGAAAUGGAAAAGAGAGAAAUAUUAACCACACAAAACCAAUUGGAAAAAAAACACUUGAGGCUGUGUUGAAGGUGGAAAAUGACGCGGAAUUAAUAUUAAAAUUGUCGUCACGAAUGAACGGAUUUCUGAUUUUGCUGGACCAACAAAAAAUUGGAUCAGAUGUUAUGUGCCUUAUUUUAUCCGCAUUCGCAAGAGUGUCAAAGAGUUCCACUGAACUUGACACAAUUCAAUUGUUGGUUCACUUUUUCAUGGAAAUAAUACCAAAGUUGAACACGACAUCGAACUUCAAUCGCGAGCUCAAACUGUUCAUUACUGAUUUCAACAAGUAUUUUGCACCAUACUCACUGCACCAGAGAAAAUACGUCGUAGCCGUUGAGGAUUUGUUGACAUUUUUGCGCAGACUCCAAUUGACGGUUUACCAAAAAUCGUAUGAUGCUGUACGCGAUCUAAUGCAACUCAUAACUUCGCAAAUUGACUUCAUAAAUCGAAAAGGGAACACAUUGAAUGAAUUCAUUGUUGAAACGAUGAGCCAGCUAAACGAUUCGGUGGAGAAUUUCGAACAAAUGAGAGAUGAAACGGAACAAACGGAAGUUUUAUUGGAACCACCAGAAGAUUUCCGCAAAAUCGGCAUUUACCCUGACACAUUCGAUAUUUUACAUAAUCACGAGCCAUUCAUUCGCGCAAAUAUCGUCGAAGGGAAGUAUGUGGCUGGCGUUGAUCAUUAUUUGGAUGUUCAAUUUCGUUUGUUGCGUGAAGAUUUUGUGCGUCCGUUGCGAAGUGGUAUCACCCAAUACCGCGAAAUAAGGAGCAAACCGGAUGCGAUGCGUGCCGCAAAGUUUCGUAUUAACGAAUUGAAUAUCUAUCAAAAUGUGCAAAUUUACGGAUCAAAAAUGGUGCACAGCGAUCAAGUUCAUUUCUGUAGAUUUGAUAUCACGCCAUUUCGAAAGAUACGAUGGCAGUACAACAAACGCAUGAUGAAUGGAUCGCUGGUAUGCCUCUCCCCAGACGAUUUCGGAACAUUCUUCUUCGCUACGGUGGCCGGGCAACGCGAUCCCGAAAAGCUGGCUAAAGGUGAAUUUCAAAUAAAACUUGAAGUCGAGAGCUCGGCGAUGCCGGAGAUAACUCCGUUAAUCACUUAUGUUAUGGUGGAGUCGCACGUGUACUUCGAGGCCUAUCGUCACAAUUUGAAAGUGCUACAGAAUUUCGGCAAUGACAAUUUUCCGCUUGAAAAAUACAUCGUUGAUGUUGAUAAAGACAUCUCACCUCCGUCAUAUUUAACCGAAGACUCUGUCUUUCUAAUUUCGAACGGGUUGCCCGAGGACGAUCCCGAUCGAAAAAUAUCAGCAGUCGACAUGUUGAGCAACCAAGAAUGGCCACCGCGUGAAGAUUUCCAAUUGGAUGAAUCGCAAUUUGAAGCGUUCCGUGCAGCAUUGACAAAGCAAAUGGUCGUUAUUCAAGGUCCACCAGGAACCGGCAAAACGUACAUCGGCUUGCGUAUUGUUGAAGUUUUACUUACAAACACAUCGCAAUGGCCCAUACUGGUUGUUUGUUACACGAAUCAUGCGUUAGAUCAGUUCCUCGAAGGCAUACUGAAAUUUUGCAACAACACAGAAUUGGUUCGCAUCGGUGGCAAGUCACAAUGUGCGGCAUUGGAGAAAUAUAAUUUGUCAUCAAUCAAAUCAGACAUGAAAUCGAGACGAGAAGUACCAACGUUCAUUCACCAUGGCCGUAGGGAAAGCAGUUUUCAUUUGAAAUCAAUUCAAGAGGAUAUUUCCAAUCUUGAAAAUAAUAUCGAACAUAUUACUGACUCAGUGCUCGGAUGGGAGCUCGAACAAGUCAUUAAGAACGUGAACCCGGACCACUAUUUACAACUGAUUAAUUUGGCGAAUGGUCGCCGUUUGAAUGAGGGAAUAUUGAAUUGGCUUGGCUAUGUCGUAAACAAUGAGAUUGAUAUCCCAGAGAAUAAUGAAAACAACCUCGACAAUGACGUUGCCGCUGAAUUAAUUCAGGAAGUUUUUGAGGAGCCAGAAAUGGACGAAGAAGAUGUGAAGGCCAUGGAAAGAGAACGAAUCAUCGAUGAGAGUUCAGAUGAAGAGGAUGAAGAUAAUUAUGAUGAUCGUGAAAUGGCUCAACGUCUGAUAAAUCCCAAUAAUGUGCCAAUAAAUAUUAAUGAAGUCGUUUCGAUGGAUGAAGAUGCCGAUGGCUUCAAGCUCGAUAAAAAGGGUCGAAAGAAGUUGAAACAAAAAAUUAAACAAGAAAUAAAGAAAUCAGAAACAAUGCCAGUGGAUCAAGCUAAAACAGUUGCAAAUAUCAACGCACUUUUGCCAAAUAAUCGGUGGAACUUGUAUAGACUGUGGAUUAAAUUGUAUGUGCAGCAAUUUGAAGAAGAAAUUAAACUUCACCGUGAUAGAUACAGAACCGAAUGUCUUCGUUUCGAAGGUCUGCGAAAGCAAGAGGACAUUGAAAUCGUAAGAAAAGCCAAGAUUAUCGGCAUGACAACGACCGGUGCGGCCAAAUAUCGCCAUAUAAUUGAUGGGACGAAGCCGGUGAUAACAAUUGUUGAAGAAGCAGCCGAAGUGCUCGAGGCACACAUUGUCACUGCACUUUGCAAGCGGACAGAUCACUUGAUUUUGAUCGGCGAUCAUUUGCAAUUGAGACCAAAUCCGGCGGUCUACGAACUGGCGAAGAAGUUCAACUUGGAAAUUUCAUUGUUCGAACGAUUGAUCAAGAACCAAAUGGAAUACUAUCAGCUGAAGCAGCAGCACCGAAUGCGACCAUGCAUUUCAUCACUGCUAGUGCCACACAUUUACAAGCAAUUGCUUGACCAUCCAUCCGUGCUUGAGUACGAAGAUGUGAAAGGUAUUUCCAAGAAUAUGUUUUUCAUAAACCAUGCUCAGAACGAAAGCUCCAUGCAGGAGACUCGGAGCCAUUUGAACUUGCACGAAGCUGAAUUCAUCGUUGAACUGUGUCGAUACGUCGUUCUGCAAGGAUACGAAACAUCGCAAGUGACCAUAUUGACUUGCUACUCCGGCCAGUUACAUCAAAUUCGACAGCUGAUGCGUACCCAACAUAUACUGAGCGGUGUUCGGGCCGCCGUCGUUGAUAAUUACCAAGGCGAAGAGUGUGACAUAAUUUUGUUGUCGUUUGUACGGAGCAAUGAGGAAGGUAACAUUGGAUUUUUGAAAGAUUCACACCGCGUUAAUGUUGCUUUGUCACGUGCACGCAAAGGGCUUUAUUCCAUCGGCAACUUUGAUUGUAUGGCCGAGAAAAGUCAACUAUGGCAACAUUUAUUGUCAGAUUUAAAAGCUCAACAGGCGAUUGGGGACGCAAUGGAAAUCUACUGCCAAAACCAUACUGACUACAAGAAUUUGGUGAAUUCUAAAAAUGAUUUCGAUGUAGCUCCGGAGGGCGGUUGCUCGCGUCCAUGCGGCCAGCGGUUGCCCUGUGGUCAUUCAUGCGCAAGUGUAUGUCAUAUCAUCGAUACAGCACAUGUUGAUACGUACAAAAUUUGUUAUAAAAAGUGCGACAAAGAAAUUUGCGAUUUGAAACAUCGAUGCUCGAAAACUUGCCAUCUUGGAAAAGAAUGUGGUAAUUGUAAAGUUCUGGUCCAAAAGUUGCGAACGGAAUGUCAACAUUUCGUUCGUGUUUCAUGCUCGUUUGAUCCAUCAUUGGCCAAUUGUCAUGCACCAUGCGAAAAGAACCUCACCUGUGGUCAUAAAUGUAAGGCUCGUUGCAGUGAAAUUUGUGGUUCAAAACCAUGCAAUGAACGGGUGCAAGUAAAAUCACCAUGUGGCCACACAGUUACUGUUUAUUGCUCCGACGCCAAGAAUAAUUCGAGAUUACUGAACGCAUGUAAUGUACGAUGCUUAGUAGAAUUGGAGUGUGGCCAUUUGUGCGAAGCUGGAUCCUGUGGUAAAUGCAAACUGGGCCGACUACACACCAGUUGCAAGAAGAAAUGUUCAAGGAUCCUAAUUUGCGGCCAUCCGUGUCCGGACGACUGUUCUGUCCAAUGUGCCCCGUGUAAACAAAAGUGUAUGAACAGCUGUGUCCACUCCAAAUGCUCGUUUCGCUGUGGAUACCCAUGUCCACCGUGCAUGGAAAAGUGUGCCUGGCGUUGCGAUCAUUUGCAAUGUUCCAAACUGUGCUCCGAACCAUGUGACCGCGAUCUAUGCGAUCAUCCAAGUACCAAAUUGAUCAGAAAAUGUCAGCAUCCUUCGAUUGGUGUUUGUGGUGAAAAAGUACCGCGAUUGUGCCGAAUUUGCGACAAAGAUGAAGUCGAAGCGAUAUUCUUUGGGAAUGAAGAUGAAAGUGACGCUCGCUUUAUUCAGAUGGAAGAUUGCAAGGAUGUAAUUGAAGUCCAAGGAUUGGUUUAUUGGAUGAAUGAUAAGCCCCAAUCAGACGACACCAACCAGAAUUCAGCCAACAAUCAAAACAGCAUUCAAUUUAAGACAUGUCCGAAAUGCAAGACCAUUAUACGUCACACCAAAGCGCUAAACACUUUCAUUCAGGCCAGCCUAAGAGACGUUCAACAGGUUAAACUCAAGACAUGUGGUGAGCCAGAGGCAAACAAAGCUACACAACGUAUUUUAUACGAGAAAAUUGACGAAAUCUUGAAGAAAGAGUCAUUUAGCAAUGACCCGCUACACCUAUACUAUAUUUACAAAGAAUUACUGAAUGAUACGAAAUUAAAAUCCGAACAAAUGUUUGCAAAACCAAACCAAACAUUGAUUGAGCUCAACAACAAAUUCGAAUUGGUCGAAAGGCUCAGAGAGAUUUGGUCGGAGUUCGAAAAAAGAGAAAAGUCGAAACAAAAUAUUUGUACUGAAGCGAUAGCCGCCUUCGAUAGUCGCCUGCGAAUGGCUGCUUCAUUCAUCAAAUAUUACAAAAACUCAGCUCAGCAACGUGCUGACAUUUCAACUGAAAUGUCAUUUCUACAAUUGAUGGGCGAUGUGAUUGUAAAAGCAAGCAAACAACCGUUCAACGACACUGGAAUGAAAUUAUUGAAGGAUGCAUUUGAAGUCGCCAACCGAUAUGGCAGUGCCACGGAUAGUGUUCGAAAAGAAUUUCAAGCGAUGGUGAGCGAAGCGUGCAAACAUGCGUCAGGAAUCGGCAUUACGAUGGAAGAAAAAAAAAUGAUUUUGAAAGCAAUGGACUUCGGACGUGGUCAUUGGUAUAAGUGUCCAAACGGUCAUGUAUAUGCCAUUGGUGAUUGCGGUGGGGCUAUGGUGACAAGCAAAUGUCCAGAGUGUGGACAGACAAUCGGCGGUGCAAAUCACCAGUCGGCAAGCGGCAAUACUUUAGCUACAGAAAUGGAUGGCGCUACAGAGCCGGCAUGGCCAACUGCAUUCGCUGGUCGUUACUAAUAUUUCUUGGUAACUAUUCCAUCGAUAUCAUCAUCAUAUUAUUUGAACUAUAUUACAGUUCACCAAAAUAAUUUUAAUAUAGCAUUUUUUAUGUAUUUUUUCUCGUUAUCAAAUAAAACUAUAUAUUCUCUGAGAAAAAAGAAA